CUGGGCUGAGCAAAAAGUGGGGUUGGGCGGACGGGCGGGACGGCUCCCAGCAACCCGACGGGUCGGCAGAAGCAGAGAGGUGCAAGGAGCAGAAAGCAGCCCGGCUUGGGUCUUUAGCGGAAACUGUGCCAAGAUGCGAAACGUCCAUGGAUUCCUGGAUAAUGAUGUCACUCUGGCAUUUAUCAGAUAUGGAACCAUUAUUGUAGUGAAAAUGAUGCUCAUGAGCACCAUCACAGCUUUCUUCCGAAUGAAGAAAAAGGCAUUUGUUAAUCCUGAAGAUACAGCAUCGUUUGGAAAAGGAGAGAAUGCGAAAAAGUAUCUAAGGACGGAUCCUGAUGUGGAACGUGUACGGAGAAUCCAUCUCAAUGACCUGGAGAACAUUAUUCCAUUUCUUUUUGCUGGGUUCUUCUACUCUUUUAGUGGUGUGUCCCUCUCCACUGCUUUGCUGCACUACCGAAUUUUUCUUGGUUCUAGGAUCUUCCACACCAUUGCUUACCUGGUGCCUCUUCCCCAGCCCGCUAGAGGUUUGGCUUGGAUGGCUGGUUACUUAGUCACCUUUUCAAUGAUGUACAAGAUUAUAAUGAUUGCUUUUACCAUGUCUUAGAAAAGAAAGCUAACACUAUUUUUAGCUUGUUGUACUUUGGGCAGUGCCUUAUCCAGCCAAUAGAAGAGAAUAUAUUUAGCUCUGGGUCGAACUAUGAAGUCCUCAGUGCUUUCUGAACUUGUUUGUUUGUUUGCAAAUGUUACAUCACCCAACUAGGUAACACUUUCAGUGCUAGUGAGUAUGGAGUUUGCUCCCUGUGCUGCUUUUGGUGGGAGUAUGGUUUUCUCCUUGGUGGUUUCUUGAUUUGAGGAACUAUCAAGGACAUAUAAACAUGACAAAUAAAUAAAUCUGCCCGAAUCAAGGAAUUAUCAAAGAGAAAAACAAUGGCCCCACCAAAACUGGCAGGAUAAGCUACUGUAUAUGAAUGGAGAAAACCUCCAACCUCCACACUCACUAGCACUGAUAAUGUUACCUAAUUGAGUAAUGAAACGUCUGCAAGCUCAAUAAGAACCAAGGACUCCACCAUUAAUUCUUCCUCAAAAAACUCCUUCAUAUCUGCCUCCCAACUUUCCAGUGCAUAUUUGUGCCUCCUGGUAUGUUGGAUCUCUCAGCUGCCUUGUAGACCUGACACUUCUGGAACUCUUUUUGCCAUUAUAUGCUAAAACUGGUGUAUGGAGAACCUCUCUUCCAAGGAAAUAUGUCCCUGAUACGUCCUCUUAAUGGAGCAUCCCUCAAUGAUAGUGCAAAUACUUUGUGUCCUAGGCACAACCUCUGUUAGCAUAAAAAGUCACAUAUAAGGCAACGGUUAUAUUCUUUGUCUCCCGUUCCUUCCCCUCACUCAAUAUGUGAGAAAUUCAGUGUGAAUGAUUAAAUCUGAGGCCAUUAUAUACACAAAACAUUGGCCCUGCCACUGAGGUGAUUUCUUUCCACCGUGUCGUCUUUUUUUAAAGUCACUGAAGCUGGUUGCCUCUUUAUCCUCUGUUGUUGUCUUGUCUAACGCUUAUGUUUUCUAUUUUUCAAACAAGAUUGCAAGCCAUGACAUACAUGGAGGCAGUUUUCUUUGAAAGUGUCAAAUGUGGAAGACUGACAAUAAAACAGUGUUCUCUAACUUAGGCCCAUCAUGAUAACUUGGGAUCAUUAUCAAUGGUUCUGGCUUAGUAGUAACAAAAGUUGUAGACCACGUUUAGAGAGCUGCAAACUGGAGAAGAUUAUUACAAAGAAUGGUCACCCUCUUUGCCCUUCCAGUUUACAUCAAUUUGAUGGCUGUUGACAAAAAAAAAAAAAAAAACCCAAGGGCGAGUUGGAUUUCUGGUUUGAUCCACCAAGUCUUUCUUGGAUUUGCUUGCAAAACUUACUUGUUUGUUUCACUGUU